GUAGCCAUCUGGGCUGCACGACGGGCACCAGCUGUGCAGCAGCAGCGUAACGCAUCGCUGCGCUGCAGCUGUGGACAGCGCGGCGCAGCAGAGCAGUCGUGCAGCAUUCCUGGGGCCAGGAUGAGGCCAUGGCUCGCGGCCCUCGUUCUAGCGCGCUGCAUCGGCCUGCGUCCCCAGACGCGCUUCGGUAGUGCCAACUACGGCGACGACGACUGGCGCUUCCGAAAGCGCUAUGCAGUGCUCGGCGCCGCCGCCGCCGCGACAAGCGUACGACCCGUGCGACGGGGCGCGCGGUUCCAAGCGGGAAUGCUGCGCAUCGGUGGCGCGUACGCAGUACGUUACGUCACGCGCGCGCCGAUGGAAGACGUGCACGAGGCCACGGCGGUGCGCAUGGAGCGUCUGGUGCGGGACCUGCGCGGCGCCUAUGUGAAAUCGGCCCAAUUGAUAUCGACGGCCUUCCCGGAGCUCUUGCCGGCGCCCUGGGUGUCGAGGUUGGAGGUUUUGGUGGACGACGCGCCGGCGCGGCCCUGGCGCGUGACGAAGCGCGUCCUUGAGCGGGAGCUCGGGCGGCCCGUCGAGGAGAGCUUCCGGCAUUUUGAGCUUGAGCCUGUCGGUGCCGCAUCGAUCGGCCAGGUCCACCGAGCGACAACUCUCGACAAUCGUACGGUUGCCGUGAAGGUCAUGUAUCCGGGCGGCCGCCAAUUGGUAUUAUCCGAUCUGAGCAACGUGCGGCGCGUUCUUCGCAUAGUGAAGCCGGCUCUGUUACCGGCGGUCGACGAAUUUCGGAUGAGAGUAAAGGGCGAGUUCGACUACCGUAAAGAGGCGGCCCAGAUGGACGCGUGUGGACGUUACUUGCGGUCGAAGCGGCCCCGGCUCGCGCGUAGAAUCGCCGUCCCCGCGUCCCUCCCGGAGCUCUCCUCGCAAAAAGUGCUCACGAUGGCCUGGUUGAACGGACGAAGCCUGCGGAGCGACCUCGAGGAGCAAGCUCACGCAGCGCAACGCAGCAACGCCCUCGUAAAGGGCUGGCGGCUCUGGCGGCUGCAACGACGGGCCGUGGUGUCCCUCAAGAGGGUCGCGGCGGCCCAGGGCGCCCUCAUCUUCGGCGAGGAUUCCCCGGGCUUCUCGGCCGACCCGCAUCCUGGCAACGUCAUGGUGCUCGAGGACGGCCGCCUGGGCCUCAUCGACUACGGGUGCUCUUGUUCCUAUAACGAUCAAGAAGUCGCGGUGUUGGCUGACCUGUAUCAUCACCUCCAUCACAACAAUCGAGGAGGUGUUGUCGACGCGGUCAAAGCCAUGGGCUUCUCCUCGAAAAGGAUGGACGAGGAUUAUAUGUGUACCUUCGCGACGCAACUGUUUGACCGUAACAUUGUCGAUGGCGGUCUCCUUUCCUUGAACGACUUCGAGCGGCAGCGCGGCGAGAAGGUCCGGAAGAUCCCGCGCAAGUACAUGCUCACGUGUCGUGUGUCGCUGUUGUUAAGGGGCUUGGGCGCGCGCGUCGGCGUGCCGGGGCUGUCGAUGGCGUAUUUAUGGAGGCGCGAGGUGGCGCGGGCGCGGCGGCGGCGUUGAUAUAGGAUGUGGU